AUGCCCAGUGAGGUGGGCAACCUGGGUGAGGUUCUGGCAUACCUUCAACAAGCAAAGCCUUACCUGUCUUUCCUUUGCUGGCCAGGGGAUCGCUACAUCGUGGCCGAUUGCGGAGGGGGCACUGUGGAUCUGACGGUGCAUCAGAUCGAACAGCCCCAGGGCACCUUGAAAGAGCUCUACAAGGCGUCAGGAGGUCCCUACGGGGCUGUUGGGGUGGACCUGGCCUUUGAGAAGCUGCUCUGCCAGAUAUUUGGCGAAGACUUCAUCGCCAUGUUCAAGGCCAAGCGCCCGGCGGCCUGGGUCGACCUGACCAUCGCCUUCGAGGCCCGGAAGCGGACGGCUGCCCCCCACCGGGCCAACCCCCUCAACAUCUCCCUCCCCUUCUCCUUCAUCGACUUCUACCGCAAGCACCGUGGGCAGAACGUGGAGACCGCCCUCAAGCGCAGCAGGUGGGAAGUUGGGGAGAACGUUGUGUUG